UGAGAGAAUUGUUGGACAUGUGGCCGAUGACUCAAGUUUUGAUAUCGGCUUUUGCUUAUGGAAAUAAUGUGAACUCUCGCAACCUUAGACGGGGACGUGCUUUAUCCUUUCCUCGUUUUUGGUCUGUUCAGUGGAAACCAAGUUUAUGUCGGAGACUUUCUGUUUAUCGUGUAAAAGACAACACUGUAGCGUCGAGUUCUUUAUAUUCCCUGUAUCACGUGCAAAGAGAAGAAAGUACUCCCUUCAACGUUCCCAACACUGCUAAAGAACCACCAACAGAAAAUCACAGUUCUCCGGAAGGUACGCUUAAAAAGUUAGAAGAGAAGGCUUCCCAAGGUAGUACUGGAGUCAAAGUGCAGAAGAACAAAAGGUCGCAAUAUGCAGAAAAAGAUACAAAGCUCCCACCUCCAGGAGUAUCUCCUACUUCUUGGUACAAUUCGAGAAUACGUGAAUGUGUUGGAAGAAAGGAUAUCAAAACAAUACUUGCUAUUCUAGAAAAGAUGCGGUCAGCAGAAGGAGUUGUGCUCAAUGCAGUGACUUUUGCCACUGCACUCAGUUGUUGUUCCAAAUUGCGUGAUAUGGAGUCGGCAAAAGUUAUCUGGAAGAUGUACGAAGAAGAGAGAAUCCCUCCUAGCAACUAUGUCUUUAGUUCUAUGAUUGCUGUAUGUUCAAGAGCACAACCACCACAUGUGGACUUGGCUUUAAAACUAUUUCAUACUUUGUUAGAAACAGGUAUCCAACCGAACAGGAUAGUAUACAAUGCCACGAUUGAUAUUUGUUCUCGAACCAUGAGAUAUCGUGAGGCAUUGGAGUUGUUUGAAAACUUUCACAUGAGUGGGGAUGCUCCGGAUGCUUAUACAUAUAAUGCUAUUCUACGAAUAUUUGCUUCCAAAGGAGAUAUUGAAGGAACAAGAAAGAUGUUUCGCAAGAUGUUGUCGACUCAUAUAUCUCCCAGUGUCAUCACUUUUAGUAUCAUUAUGGAAGCUUUUGGAAGGCUUCGUCGUUUGGAUUAUGUCUUGGAAUUUUUUCAUGAAAUGCAGAAUCAUUGUGUGGAACCGAAUGCCGUUACCUAUAAUAUCUUAAUAAGUGCUUGUGCUCAUUCUAGAGAAUAUAACAAAGCAUUAGGAUUUGCAGCGGAAAUGUCAACCAAAGGGUUAUUAAAAGAUCGUUAUACUUAUAAUGGAUUGAUGCACGCUUCCGUUGCUGCGAAACAGUAUACUGCAACUUUGGAGUGGUUCGAUACUAUGCUAGAGAAUAACAUUGUUCCCAAUAAUGUUACAUUUCGUUAUCUUUUUGAAGCUGGAGGUGGUUUGGUACGCUUUCAAGUGAUUGAGUUGGGUUUAAAACAUAUGGAAAAGAUGGGAUUGAGUCUCAAUGUGUAUACUUUUGCUGCUUUGGUUGCAGCUUGUAUUCAUUGCAAGGAAUUUGAAGCAGGUCAGAAUUAUCAGAAACAAGCUCAAUAUUUGUUAAAAAGGCAAGGCAAAAUCUUUUAUGAACAGUUGGCCAACAUAUUACAAGGCUUUGGUGAUUCUGUUCGUGCCAAUAAGAUAUUUGCCAAAUUGCAACUUUAUGAGCAAUAAUAAGAUAUAACAAAGGAGACUGAAAUGGAUACAAAUAGGUUGCUUUCUCUUUAACACAAAAAAAGAGAGAGUAAAAGUUUUCCAGUUGUU